CGGGCACGGCCGCCAGCCCCGGCACCGGCCCCGGCGCCAGCCCCGGCCCCGCUCCGCACGGCGCGGCCCCAUGCCGGCCCCCCCCGCCCGCGGCUGAGCGCAGCGCCCCGCCGGCCACGGGCACCGGGCACAGGACAGCCGCCGCUCCCCGUUAGCAGCACCACCUCCGGCUGGCGCGAUGGCGGGAGCGUCUGUCAAGGUGGCGGUGCGCGUCCGGCCCUUCAACUCCCGGGAGAUGAGCCGGGAGUCCAAAUGCAUCAUCCAGAUGUCGGGAAGCACCACCACCAUCCUGAACCCGAAGCAACCCAAAGAGACACCAAAAAGCUUCAGCUUUGACUAUUCCUACUGGUCCCACACCACGCCUGCAGACAUCAAUUAUGCAUCCCAGAAGCAGGUGUACCGGGACAUUGGCGAGGAGAUGUUGCAGCAUGCCUUCGAAGGCUAUAACGUCUGUAUCUUUGCCUACGGGCAGACAGGGGCUGGAAAAUCCUACACCAUGAUGGGGAAGCAGGAGAAGGACCAGCAAGGCAUCAUCCCACAGCUGUGUGAGGACCUCUUCUCCCGAAUCAACGACACGACCAACGACAACAUGUCCUACUCUGUGGAGGUGAGCUACAUGGAGAUAUACUGCGAGCGGGUGAGAGACCUCCUGAACCCCAAGAACAAGGGGAACCUGCGGGUGAGGGAGCAUCCCCUCAUGGGCCCCUAUGUUGAGGACCUCUCCAAGCUGGCUGUGACCUCCUACAAUGACAUCCAGGAUCUCAUGGACUCAGGGAACAAGGCCCGCACGGUGGCUGCCACCAACAUGAACGAGACCAGCAGCCGCUCACACGCCGUCUUCAACAUCAUCUUCACCCAGAAGCGACAUGAUGCCGAGACGAACAUCACCACUGAGAAGGUCAGCAAAAUCAGCCUGGUGGACCUGGCUGGGAGCGAGCGAGCUGACUCCACCGGUGCGAAGGGCACGAGGCUGAAGGAAGGAGCAAACAUCAACAAGUCCUUGACCACACUGGGGAAAGUCAUCUCUGCUCUGGCCGAAAUGGAUUCAGGGCCAAAUAAGAACAAGAAGAAGAAGAAGACGGAUUUCAUCCCCUACCGGGACUCGGUGCUAACCUGGCUGCUGCGGGAGAACCUGGGGGGCAACUCCAGGACCGCCAUGGUCGCUGCGCUCAGCCCCGCCGACAUCAACUACGAUGAGACCCUCAGCACUUUAAGGUAUGCCGACCGCGCCAAGCAGAUCCGCUGCAACGCCGUCAUCAAUGAGGACCCCAACAACAAGCUCAUCCGGGAGCUGAAGGACGAGGUGGCCCGCCUGCGUGACCUUCUCUACGCCCAGGGUCUCGGGGACAUCAUUGACACCCAUCCUGCUGCGGAAGGAUCCAAAUAUGUGUCCGACUUUGAGAACAAUAAUGGCACUAGUGGGGCAGAGCUGAGCCAACGCCAUGACAAUCUCUCCACAGUGACCAACGCCAUUGCCGGCAUCAGCCCCUCUUCCUCCCUGUCAGCUCUCUCCAGCCGCGCCGCCUCUGUUGCCAGCCUCCACGAGCGCAUCAUGUUUGCUCCAGGCAGCGAAGAGGCCAUCGAAAGGCUUAAGGAAACAGAGAAGAUCAUUGCUGAGCUGAACGAGACAUGGGAGGAGAAGCUGCGCAGGACAGAGGCAAUCCGGAUGGAGAGGGAAGCCUUGCUGGCCGAGAUGGGGGUGGCCAUGAGGGAGGACGGAGGCACCCUGGGUGUUUUCUCUCCUAAAAAGACGCCCCACUUGGUCAACCUGAACGAGGACCCGCUCAUGUCUGAGUGCCUUCUCUACUACAUCAAGGAUGGGAUAACCAGGGUUGGUCGGGAAGAUGCAGAGAAGAGGCAGGACAUUGUUCUCAGCGGGCACUUCAUCAAGGAAGAGCACUGCCUCUUCCGCAGCGACACAAGGACGGGCGGUGAAGUGAUUGUGACCCUGGAGCCCUGCGAAGGCGCCGACACCUAUGUGAAUGGCAAAAAGGUGACGGAGCCCAGCGUCCUGCGGUCAGGAAACCGGAUCAUCAUGGGGAAGAGCCACGUCUUCCGCUUCAACCACCCUGAACAGGCCCGGCAGGAGCGGGAGCGGACACCGUGUGCGGAGACACCUGCCGAGCCCGUGGACUGGGCCUUUGCCCAGAGAGAGCUGCUGGAGAAGCAGGGCAUCGACAUGAAGCAGGAGAUGGAGCAAAGGCUGCAGGAACUGGAGGACCAGUACCGGCGGGAGAGGGAGGAGGCCAAUUACCUUCUGGAGCAGCAGAGGCUGGACUAUGAGAGCAAAUUGGAGGCUCUGCAGAAGCAGAUGGACUCUAGGUAUUACCCUGAGGCCAAUGAGGAAGAAGAAGAACCUGAAGAUGAAGUGCAGUGGACGGAGCGGGAGUUCGAGCUCGCCCUCUGGGCCUUCAGAAAGUGGAAGUGGUACCAGUUCACCUCCCUUCGUGACCUGCUGUGGGGCAACGCCAUCUUCCUCAAGGAAGCCAACGCCAUCAGUGUGGAGCUGAAGAAAAAGGUCCAGUUCCAGUUUGUCCUCCUGACGGACACGCUGUAUUCGCCUCUCCCUCCCGACCUGCUGCCUCCUGAUGCUGCCAAGGACCGGGAGAAGCGGCCAUUCCCCCGGACCAUCGUGGCUGUGGAGGUGCAGGACCAGAAGAACGGGGCAACGCAUUACUGGACCCUGGAGAAGCUCAGGCAGCGCCUGGACCUAAUGCGCGAAAUGUACGACCGUGCAGCAGAAGUGCCUUCGAGCGUCAUCGAGGACUGCGACAACGUGGUGACCGGCGGAGAUCCCUUCUACGACCGCUUCCCGUGGUUCAGGCUGGUUGGCAGUUCAGAUAUCUCUGGCUGCAACAGCUCUCCUCUUUUCAACACAUGCAUGAGCGAGCGCAUGGCUGAUCUCACCCCCUCCCCUACCUUCUCGAACCCCGACUCCGACAUCACCGAGCCUGCUGACGAGCAGCACGAGGGGCAGGAGGAGGAGGAGGAGGAGGCGGAGGACCUGGAGGAAGACAUCUUUCCGGAGUGCCCGCUGUGUGAUGGCCGGGAUCCGUUUUACGACCGCUCCCCCCUGUUCAGUUUAGUAGGAAGGGCCUUCGUGUACCUCAGCAACCUGCUGUACCCCGUGCCCCUGGUCCAUCGCGUGGCCAUCGUCAGCGAGAAGGGCGAGGUGAAGGGCUUCCUGCGCGUGGCCGUCCAGGCCAUCUCAGCCGACGAGGAGGCCCCAGACUAUGGCUCCGGAGUGCGGCAGUCAGGGACGGCAAAGAUAUCCUUCGAUGACCAGCACUUUGAGAAGUUCCAGUCCGAGUCCUGCCCCGCCGUGGGGAUGUCCCGCUCGGGAACCUCCCAGGAGGAGCUGCGCAUCGUCGAAGGCCAGGGGCAGAUCAGUGACUUGGGGCCCUCCGCCGAUGAAGUCAACAACAACACCUGCGCAGUGACACCAGAGGACCUUCUCCUGGACAGCCCAGAGAAGUCCACAAUGGAUGGGCCCCUGGAGGCAGCUCUGGACCACCUGAAGCUGGGCAGCAUCUUCACUUUCCGAGUGACUGUCCUGCAAGCCUCCAGCAUCUCAGCAGAAUAUGCAGAUAUCUUCUGCCAGUUCAAUUUCAUCCAUCGCCACGACGAGGCCUUUUCAACAGAGCCCUUGAAGAACACAGGGCGAGGGCCGCCGCUGGGAUUCUACCACGUCCAAAACAUUGCUGUGGAGGUGACCAAGUCCUUCAUCGAGUACAUCAAGAGCCAGCCGAUUGUAUUUGAAGUUUUUGGGCACUAUCAGCAACACCCCUUCCCACCUCUCUGCAAGGACGUCCUCAGCCCACUGAGGCCAUCCCGGCGCCACUUCCCCCGGGUGAUGCCGCUCUCCAAGCCAGUGCCUGCCACCAAACUGAGCACCAUGACUCGUCCCAGUGCCGGACCCUGCCAGUGCAAGUACGACCUGAUGGUCUUCUUCGAGAUCUGCGAGCUGGAGGCCAAUGGCGACUACAUCCCGGCCGUUGUGGACCACCGCGGAGGCAUGCCGUGCCACGGCACCUUCCUGCUCCACCAGGGUAUCCAGAGGAGGAUCACCGUCACCUUGGUGCAUGAAACGGGCAGCCUGAUCCGCUGGAAGGAAGUGCGGGAGCUGGUUGUGGGUCGGAUCCGGAACACCCCAGAAGCUGACGAGUCUCUCAUCGACCCCAACAUCCUGUCCCUGAACAUCCUGUCCUCUGGCUACAUCCAUCCUUCCCAGGAUGACCGGCAGUUUCUUGAUUCGGAUAUGCCUAGCAUUUCAUUCGGAAAUGACACUAGGACUUUCUACCAGUUUGAGACGGCGUGGGACAGCUCCAUGCACAACUCCCUGCUGCUCAACCGCGUCACCCCGUACCGGGAGAAAAUCUACAUCACCCUUUCCGCAUACAUUGAGAUGGAGAACUGCACCCAGCCCGCCGUCAUCACCAAAGAUUUCUGCAUGGUUUUCUACUCCCGCGACGCCAAGCUCCCUGCCUCCCGCUCCAUCCGCAACCUCUUCGGCAGCGGCAGCCUGCGGGCUUCGGAGAGCAACCGCGUGACGGGCGUCUACGAGCUGAGCCUGUGCCGUGUGGCGGAUGCCGGCAGUCCAGGCAUGCAGAGGCGUCGCCGGCGUGUGCUGGACACCUCCGUAGCCUACGUCAGGGGAGAGGAGAACCUGGCCGGCUGGCGGCCCCGCAGCGACAGCCUCAUCCUCGACCAUCAGUGGGAGCUGGAGAAACUCAGCCUCCUGCAAGAAGUGGAGAAGACCAGGCACUACCUGCUGCUGCGUGAGAAGCUGGAGACCACCCAGCGGCUGGGCCUGGAGAGCCUGUCCCCGUGCUCCAGCGAGGACUCCGAGUCUCGAAGCACCUCCUGCGUCUCCUCCCCGCUGUCUGCCGACGGGGCCCCGGAGGGACGGAGCUCUCUGCCCGAGACCCCCAGCGAGAGGCAGAAGGAGCUGGCCGUGAAGUGCCUGCGCCUGCUCACGCACACCUUCAACCGCGAGUACAGCCACAGCCACGUCUGCAUCAGCGCCAGCGAGAGCAAGAGCUGUGCCCGGCUUCGGGCAGAGACUCCAGUCCACACCUCCGCUCCUCCACAGCUGUCUGAAAUGUCUGUGACCCUGAUGAGAGAUCCCUCCAUGUCAGCUCUCGGGGUCACCACCCUCACCCCCUCCUCAACCUGCCCAUCGCUGGUGGAAGGACGCUACAAUGCCGUGGAAGUCAGAGCCCUGCAGGUCUCCCCUAGGGUGGAGAGUCCUGACCUGGAGCCUGUGGUGGAAGGGGAGCAGAAGAAGUCCCCAGCCCGCCGGCCUGAGGAAGAGAAGGAGCCCCAGCGUCUGCUGGUGCCCGACAUUCAGGAGAUCCGGGUCAGCCCCAUCGUCUCCAAAAAGGGCUACCUGCACUUCCUGGAGCCCCACACCAACGGGUGGGUGAAGCGCUUCGUGGUGGUCAGGCGCCCGUACGUCUACAUCUACAACUCGGACAAGGACUCGGUGGAGAGGGCCAUACUCAACCUCUCCAAGGCCCAAGUGGAGUACAGCGAGGACCAGCAGGCCAUGCUGAAGCAGACCCCCAACACCUUCGCGGUGUGCACGGAGCACCGGGGCAUCCUGCUGCAGGCAAGCAGUGACAAGGACAUGCACGACUGGCUCUACGCCUUCAACCCCCUCCUGGCUGGGUCCAUAAGAUCCAAGCUGUCCAGAAGGAGAACAGCCCAGAUGAGAAUCUAACCUGAAAAACACCCUCCACCUCAUCCGUCUGCCAGCAGGAUCAAGAUAGCUGAUUCUGCCUCAAGAGUCCCCAUGUUAACGUCCGAUCUCUCACACCAUCUGCUGCCCCAGCUGCCUGCUCCAUGGAAGGAUCUGUCUCGAUUUACACCUUCACGGGGGAAACUCAUUUCUGUUCGUAGCUGCAAACGCCCGGUCCCGCCUGGGCAGGAUUUCUCGUGUGCAUGUGAUCUUCUGCCCAUCCCCUCAUGGGUGACCGUCAUGUCACACAACCUGUAAUGCUCCAGAAAGGUUCCUUUCGGAGGGGAGGGAGCAAGGAGGGUAGAUUGGGUUAAAAGCUGGUCUUUGAUCUACAGAGGUAGGCGUCUUGUAAAGCUCAGAGGUGAGAAAUCAGGAGGAAUUGCUUCCACGUGAAGGGAAAGCAGUAGUUUAGGUAUGGGGAUUUCCUAAUUUAUUGUGUCGACAAAAGAUGGCAGGGCAAAAUCAGGUGUCAGUAGUUUAAGAUUAUAUUUAUAAAGUAUUUAUUUCUAUUUACGUCAUAAAAUCCCACACGCUGGGUCCCGGCCCCCGGACAACGCCUUCCCUGGGCUGGGGAGAGCCUUGGCGGCGGGCUGGUGCCAGGGCCACCGCGGCCCCUCUCCCAGGGACGCCUCUCCCGGGAGAGGGGACCGAGCGCGGCGGGCCUGUCCCCUGUCCCCUGCGGUGCAGACGUGCCCGGUGACUGCAGUGUGCUCGCCCUCGCCCCCCGUCCUUCCCCUGACCCUCCGCUUUGCCCCCCCAGUGCUUAAACUACUUUUCCCAGGAGCGGUGACCGGCCAAGGCACCACGUCUUCCCAAGCGAGGCAAUUCCUCCCUGCCCCAUCUACCUCUGGAGGGGGACGCAUGCCAAUUUCGGUGGCCAGGGCUCCCACGUCCACAAGGACAAGCCAACCUCCCCCAAGCAGCCCAGUGGGACGGUUGCGUGUCAGUGUGGGCGUGUGCUGAGGACAAGGUUUUGGCUCCUUCUUCUGCCCUGGGCCUGAAAUUCAGCCCGUGUUGGCCGGCCGUGCCGCUGCCCCCUCCCUGGGGCCUCCUGCCAGGCAGCCGGGGAGCACGGCGGGCGGGCUGGCUGCUCUCAAAACCGUGUGAGAAAGACCCCCGGGAACUGGGGUUGGGAGCAGCCAGCCCAGCCACGGGGCCCCUCGCUGCCCUCGCCCCCAAGGGCUCCGCUGUCCCCUCCUGCAGGAAGAGCGGGGCUGAGGCAGAGGAGCGGGCAGCGCAGAGACCAGCGUGGGGCACUGGGCUGGGUUCGCUGGGGAUGAGAGGGGCCGGGGCUUCUCACUUUUGUAGCUGACGUUUUCGUAGCCCUCUCCCCCCCGUUCCAGAAGUGCAAUCUCACCUUCCUCCCCCCGCCUCCGUAGAUGACUCCAUCUGCUGCAGCACAAGAGCCGUGCUGGCGGGGGGCUCCCCAAGACAGAGGUGGCUCCGCUGCUGACGGCGGCCUCCUCCUCCCCAGCAGAGCACCCGGCCGCCGCCACCCCUGCUCGGCGUCCCUCCUCGCUCCGUCUCCGUUUGUUGGUCGUUUCACCAAGCGGGGGUGCUUCAGUUCAGGGCUUCCCGCGGGCAGCCCACGCAGCUCCGGGCAGGAAGGCAGGCGUCUUCCCCCACACAUCCCCGGGCCCCCGCCGGGCCCCGCUUUGCCGUCACGCAUUCACAGCCGACCUUAAUUUGCACAGCACGGCCGAGCCUCGGCCCCACCGCGCGUCCCCACGCUGUCCCUUGUGUGUGUCGGGGCCGAGGCCGUCCCUCCAUGACGUUUGCUCCUUUGUAAGCUGGCGAGGACACGGAGGACGGGGGCGGCUGGGGACGGGGACAGCCGUGCUUGGGGGGCGGCCAGUCCCUCGUGCCCUCGGGCAGAAGCUCCCCGUUUGACCGUUUUCCUCGUCCUGGAUUUUGGCAAAACUCCUGCCCAGGGGGCAAGGAGGAGGAGGAGGAGGCUCCUCCGGGGUGAAGGCAGCUCCCGGCGGAGCCCUCCCCACGGGGACGGGCCUGGUGUCUGCCAGCGACCAGACACUGGGCCGGGGGCCCUGUGGGGCCGCGGUCCCGGUCCCCCCGCGGCGUGCCUGAGGCCAGCCAACCUGCAGAGCACGCGGCGGGGCCCGGCGUGCCGCCCUCCUCCCAGCAAGGCCCGAGGUGUGAGGCGGCCUCCGCCCCCCAGCCCCAGGCCCCCAUGGGACGGGAGCCGUGUCCUGGCCCUGGCCCCCGUCCCGUGCCCCCACCCCAUGCCCCCACACCCCCGUGUUGGAGCUUCGGGUCCCGGCCGCCCGUGUGCGCCAGGCUUGUUCGGUUCUGAAAUA